AUGAGGCAGAGAAGGUGGUUGGAGCUAAUCAAGGAUUAUGAUUGUGAGAUCAAUUAUCAUUCUGGCAAGGCUAACGUAGUGGCAGAUGCGUUGAGCAAGAAAUCAAUGGUGGAACUUGUCUCUCUUGAAAUUUCUCAACCUCAGUUGAUCAGGAAGUUUGCUGGGAUGGGAUUGGAUGUAGCAGACAAAGGAUCACCAGUACACCUAGCUAACCUGAUGGUUCAGUCAAAAUUGCUUGCAAGGAUCAAAGCCCCUCAAUUGGAGGACCCUGAGUGCGCCAAGAUCAAGCAAUUGUUUGAAGAAGGAAAGGCAAGGGAGUUUUGUCUCAAGGAUGAUGGGUUGCUUACCCAUUUUAAGCUAGUGUGUGUACCGAAGAAUGGAGAAUGUGGUACUAAGAUGUACCAGUACGUGAAGGGAUCAUAUUGGUGGAACAAUACGAAACAGGAUAUUGCAAGGGAAAGGAUGAGUGCAGCUCAGAGUCGGCAGAAGAGUUAUGCUGAUAAUCGGAGACAGCCGUUGGAAUUCGAUAUGGGGGAUCGUGUAUUCCUCAAGAUAUCACCCAUAAAGGAGUGA